AUGUUUUUCUCCAAGAACAUCGGCAUGCUGCUUGCCAGCGCAGCCUUCUCAGAUGCUGCCCCUUACUACAACUGGAAGCAGGUGGGCGUGCCCGUGCUGGGAAACGCGCCUUACCCCAACACCACCAUUGCGGGUUUGACUGUCAUCGACACCCCCAUCGUCCGCGCCGCACGCGAGUUCACCCGUGCCCACGCCGACGACGCCACCUACAAGCACCAGGUGCGCUCCUGGCUCUUCGGAUCCCAGAUCAUCGCCAACAACGAGACCCUCAAGAACACCAUCGACAUCGAGGUGCAGGCCGUGGCCGCGAUCCUGCACGACCUCGGCUGGGACCAGACGCCGGGCUCCGACGUCAUCACCCCGGACCACCGCUUCGAGGUGGACGGCGCCAUCGCCUCGAGGAAGUUCAUCGAGGACUUCGGCGACGACAACUGGGACCCGCGGCGCACGCAGCUCGUGUUCGACGCCAUCGCGCUGCACACGACCCGCACGAUCGGCUACUACAAGGAGCCCGAGGUGCGCAUGACCAGCCUGGGCAUCUCGGUCGACUACGACGGCCCGAAGGAGGGCGUCACGCCCGAGGUGUACGCCGCCAUCCUCGCCGAGUUCCCCAACGACGACCUCGUCAAGGCCACCAACGAGACCUUCACCUGGGUCUGCGCCACCAAGCCCGACAUCACCUACGACACCCAGAUCCAGGCGUGGGGUGACCGCUUCCUGCCCAACUACACCACCCAGGGCAACCUGAGAAUCGACCACAUCUUCGAGUACCUCCUAUCCGACCGCAGCCCGACCAAGCAGCAGCUAUAA